GAGAGACGCACAGUAGUUGUACAGGAUAAUAUUCUUACAAUAGCACGGAUGAACAAUAUUUUGUCGCCAUAGCGAAUUAACAGUAGUGGCUCGUGCACCCCUGGAGCGGUUUUAGUGGAUCUGUCCCUUUCAGAUCAGCAACACGACAUGCGCGAGCAAUCCGCAGUGACUUCCUCCAUCACAGACAAACAAUAGGAAACAUAACAUCUUUGAGGAUUGUGGUUUUCUUUUGUGCGCGUUAAGAAAUCAGCCAUAAAAGGAGACGGUUUGGUGGUUGGAGACUGUGGUGCGGGAGGGAAACCCCUGAGUCUCCCCCAAUCCGCACAGACAUCGAUUUGUCUGGAGGGCGUAAGGCGAAGGGUCUGGGAGGUGCUCAGUCAACCCCAAAUCUCAACUCAUGACUCAGGGUACUGCAAUCACUCGCUAUUUUCUGCAGUCGAUGCGAGGAACGUUUCACGCAGUGAGUGAAUCGAUCAUUUGAACAUUUGGGACAAUGACGUGUGUUAUACCAUUGGACGGCAUUUUAAGGGCUAAGCCAUUCGCUCAAGGUGCAAAACAUCCAGGCAGUUUACAGUUUGCAAAAGGCUACAUGAUUUGUGGAAAGGAAUUGAAUCAUUGUAAUCGUCAGUCUUCCGGCGAGCUUCAAGACAUGACUGCACACACUCUUAAGGAUUUGAAUGCAUUUAAUACAGAGAAUAGCGCCAUAUGCAUAAAUGUAGGAGGCUUCAAGAGAAGACUUCUCUCUAGCAUACUGUCUCGCUUCCCUGAGACGCGACUUGCCCGUUUGCUGCGAUGUCAGUCUAAAGAAUCUAUCCUGGAACUGUGCGAUGAUUACGAUGACGCCGAAAGGGAGUUCUACUUUGAUCGAAAUCCUGCACUUUUCCCCUAUGUUUUGAAUUUCUACAACACAGGCCGCUUGCAUGUUAUGGAAGAGCUCUGCAUUUUCUCAUUUAGCCAGGAAAUUGAAUAUUGGGGGAUCAAUGACUUUUUCAUUGACUCCUGUUGCAGCAGCACCUACCACUGCAGAAAAAUGGAGCCAUACCAGGAGGAGUGGGAGGACAAAAGUGAUGAGGGAAGCACUACUUCUUCUUUUGAUGAGAUUUUAGUAUUCUAUAGUGAUGCCACCAAGUUUGACAAGCAACCCCUUGGGAGAAUCAGGAGGAAGAUUUGGCUGAUGUUGGACAAUCCUGGCUACUCUCUGUCCAGCCGGGUCAUUAGUGUUUUCUCUAUCCUGGUGGUGCUGGGCUCCAUAGCCACCAUGUGCAUGAACAGCAUGAGUGAUUUUGCCACACUGGAUAGUGAAGGCCUGCUUCAGGAAGACCCCCGUUUCGAGACAGUGGAGCAUUUUGGAAUAGGCUGGUUCACAUUGGAACUGGUUGUCAGGUUUGUUGUUGCACCAGACCUACUCCAUUUCUUUGAGCACCCAUUAAAUAUGAUUGACCUGGUGUCCAUUCUACCAUUUUAUCUCACACUACUGAUUGAUCUGGUGGCUGAGAGGCGCCCCACACUGGAGAACCUGGGACGUGUAGCACAGGUCCUGAGGCUGAUGCGGAUCUUCAGAAUCCUGAAGCUGGCGCGUCAUUCCACUGGCCUAAGAUCACUUGGAGCAACACUGAAAAACAGCUACAGGGAAGUGGGUCUGCUACUGCUCUAUUUAGCAGUGGGGGUGUCAUUCUUCUCUGUGAUGGCCUAUACCAUUGAAAAAGAGGAAAAUGAUGGACUGACUACUAUCCCAGCCUGCUGGUGGUGGGCAACAGUCAGCAUGACUACAGUGGGCUAUGGAGAUGUGGUGCCAGGGUCUAUUGCAGGAAAACUCACUGCUUCGGCUUGCAUCCUUGCUGGCAUCUUAGUGGUGGUGCUGCCCAUCACACUCAUUUUCAACAAGUUCUCUUUGUUUUAUAAGAGGCAGAAACAGUUGGAAAUCGCCAUGAGGAGCUGUGACUUCAGUGGGGACAUUAAGGAAGUACCUUCAGUGAACUUGAGGAACUAUUAUGCGCAUAAAGUGAAGUCUCUAAUGGCCAGCCUGUCCAACAUGAGUCGCAGUUUUCCCAGUGACCACAGCUUGAGUGGGUCACUGCAGUAGCUCAGGGGGAUUGACAGCACUCUCAUGUAUAUGGCUCCAUCAGAAUACAUAUUCAAAUAAGGUGCAUCUUGUAGUACAGUUUUAUCCUACCAGCAAAACCCACUUAUCUGAUGUCGACUGUAUUUAUUGAGUUCAAAUGUGUAUAGUGAUCCAGGAUUCUCUGCCUUAGAAUUAUGAUGUUCAGCAUGUAUUGGAAAAAAUAUCUCUAAACCAAUCAAUAACAUUUUCAUGAGAACAGACAGUAUCCACUUGCUAAAUGGAAUACCGAUACAAUCCCCAUCUACCUUUCAGGAAGUGAUUUACAGAAAUAAUUUGUGUAUGUGUAUGUCUGGUGGAGUUCUGUACUUGACUGCUGUUAAAGCAAAGUUUAAUUAGUGUUGACUGUUGCUGUUGUCACCACAUAUUUUACUGUUUACUGUUUAUAUGCUGGAGUAUAGUCCUCUUGCAAGUGUUUGUUAUGAAGAUUUAACAGUGUUCUACAGUGGAAGUGCAUUUGCAGUAGGAAUAAGUAUAAAAAGAUAUUACCUUAAUCCACUGCUCUCUUAUGACCAAGGGUGUGUUUUAACUUUAUGACUUAAAUAUCUGACUCCAAUAUUCAAUUAAAGAUCUGACUCCAAUUUAUAAUAAUUGUUAACUUAAUUAUCUGACUCCAAUUUACUAGGUUAACUUAAUGUAACUGAUUCCAAACAAUAACCUUUUAGUUAGUGCUGGAAUUGUAAUCUCAAAAUACAAUUGUACAUAUAAUUUAAACAGCGUUAUAAGUUUUUUUUAUACAAGUUUUUACUUGAAUUUGACAUUGCCAUGUCAGAGAAGUAUAUACAUUUUUUAAGUAAUUGUUCUGUUAACUCAGAGGUUUGACUUGUAAGCAAAGGCCUUUCCUAUUUACUUGUCAGAGGUCUGUUUUAAAUGUGUCUAACAUACCAUUACUCUAAUCAACAUUAUUUAUUCAUCUCUGAACAUUCAUGUAACACACUACCUUUCAGUAAGAACUGCUGAGUACUUUAAAGAUUACACAGUUACAGAGGUUUAUUAACUAAAAGAAGAACAUACAGACAAAUGUAAGAAAAUAAAUAACAGGUAAAAUGUGAAAACUUACAGAACAAAGAAAAUGAAUGGAGCCAUGUCUGCUAGCAUAGGAUGCAGAUGAUAAUUGCUUUGGAGAGAGAUCAGAUGUAAGAUUCUCCCUUGAGACAAGAUGGCAGGCUCUCUUCCCCAAGAUCUUCCUUCCCCCAGAACUAACUUUCAUACCCUACUUACACCCCAUGCACCUCUUUGAAGGUUAUAAUGACCAGAGUAUGAAAUGGAAGCGAUAUAAUGUAUUUUAUGGCAGGAUGGACGCCCAGCGUCCUGAUCAUUUAAAUCUGACCAGUCCAGAAUCAACUUACUGCCACAGUUUAUAAAUCUACUACAUUGCUUAAUCUCAUGGGUAAAAAAAACAAAAUGUUAUAAAUAAUUUGUUUUCAACUUGCUGCUCUCCUGUACCUCACUGAUGCUGGCAAUGAGAUUUGUUUGGUCUAGGACUGUAAGAGGUACACCAGCAUGGCUUUGGGUCUGUGACACAGUAUUGAGACAAUGACCUUUGUAAAAAGCGCUAUACAAAUAAAAAUGAAUUGAAAUGAAUUGAAAUUGAAUAGAGCAGCAAGUUUUCCCUAAAAUUGUUGAGGUAAUAUAACAGGACCUAAUCCUUUUCAGGGUUAUUUCAGGGUAGUGAUAACCUGAAAGCUCAAGGCUAAAGAAGUUUUUCAUUGAUUGGCUGAAUGGCAUUUAAAGUCAAUUAAAAUCCCCAUUUUUUCUCCAGUUUGGUCAUGCCAAUUCCCACCCACUAGCUAACUCUCCCCUAUCACACAAAACCAAGGACAUGCUUCCUCCAAGACCCGUGAAGCCAACCACUGCAUCUUUUUGAUGAAAAAAAAAAAAAAAUCACCUGUUCAUCAUGCAUGAACUCACAGAUGCCCAUGAUUGGCUAGUGUUGUGCUUAUUGACAGGGGAAAGAAUAAUGCCAUCCACCCAGAGAGCAUGGCCAGUAUUUCUCUCUAGCCUCCCAGCCAUGGAUGGCUAUGGCAUAGCUGGGAUUCAAACUCAGUCUUCCGACAGUAAGGUCAAUGGUUUUCUGUUGCACCACUCAGGAGCAAUUAGGAUAAACUUUAUUCUAAUCGAUGCAGGCACUUCAGUUUCCAAAAAGCAAAACUAAAAAAGUUCUGUGACUAACAACUGGGUACAGAGUGCUACCAUAAAUGACAGACACAAUAGAUAACUGUGUGUAUAGUAAACUUUAAACUGGUAAUUUAUCAAUGGCUUAAUAUGGCUUUAUAUUUAGUCCAGUGUCAAGUGGGCUGGGCCAGAAAAAAUCUGUUUAAUAGACCAAUAACAAAUCCACUCCUCUUAAAUGUAUUCAUGGGAAAGAUUAAAUUAUUUCCAAAAAAAAAAACAAAAACAUAACAUAACAGUUGUGAUUGCAUUAGUAUUCACCCCUGUUGCUGUGAAAACAUUAAAACUUCAUUUGGAAAGAAACGUGGUUGCAGUGUCAAAUUUUUAGCCUGCUAAUUAAAUUACAUUAUUAGCAUAUUUUGCUAGCAGGACUACUCAAAUAAAUUUGUGAAGAUCCAAUUACAUAAAAGUUCUUUCUUAUAAUGGUCUACUGUUUAAUGUGUAACUAUUACUGAUUAGUUCAUGCCAACUAAUUAUAUAAAUAUAUAUAAAUAAAGACAUCAAACAUAUUUAUAGCUGUUUUAUUUUGAACAUACCUUUACAAACAAAUGAGCAUUUAAUUAUUGUAGGGAUAUUCUUUUCUAAACAUUUUUUAAAAUAAUGUUAAUAUUAAAAAUAUUAGAAGUGAAUG